CUCGAUGGACGGCAUCACUCUCAGAUCAAAGUACUACAAAUCCCGCGUUUCAAACCGCCUUAUAGCUCUCGCUCGGGAGGUAUUGAUUCUAGCACGACAUUUAACAUGGCGCAACUCGAUCUGAACAAUACCUUCGGUGCCCUUUAUAUCGGCGCUACUCUUGGUUCAAUUUUUUUUGGUUUGAGUAAUGUCCAAGCAUUUCUUUACUUCCAGGCACACAGGCAUUCGGGAGUCACAUUCUACAAACUGGCGGUAUUCUGGCUCUGGCUCCUCGAUGCCUCGCAUGUCGCUAUGGUUAAUCACCUGAUAUAUUAUUAUCUGAUCAUCAACUACGCAAAUCCGUCGGUACUUCUUGAGAUGGUGUGGAGCUUUAAGGCGCUAGUACUCCUCGACGUGCUUAUUGUGUUUAGCGUGCACCUUCUGUAUGUGCAGCGGAUAUGGAUAAUUAGCAGAGGAAGAACCCGAAUUUUGCCAAUGCUCGUGACGGUACUCGUCGUCAGUACCCUAGGUGUUGGCAUCGCUCUGCUCUGGGUCAUAUUCAAGUGCCAUUAUUUUUCGGACCUGGAGAGCAUUCGGUGGUCCCUCUACCUAAGUUUAGGCAUCACCACACUGGUUGACUUCCUCAUUGCUUCUUUAUUGUGUCACCUCCUUAUCACUUCGAAGACGGGGUUCACUAAAACGGAUAUGACACUUCGGACGCUCGUGAGAUACACUAUAAAUACAGGGUGCUUAACGAGUGUGUGCUCGAUAGCGUGUAUCAUUACGGACGCACUAAUGCCAAACAACUUCGUCUACCUCGGAAUCGAGUUUCUACUGUCCAAAUUAUACGUGAACUCCUAUAUGGCUCUACUGAACGCGCGUCAAUAUAUGGGGUCGGAUGAAAGCCCACACGCUUCGCACAACCGACCUCCUCGUACCUAUCUCCCAGAGCUACAGGUCAAUCUUAAUGUUUCGCAGGACAGAUCUAUCCGAACCUCCGAAACGGACAAGUUCCAGUUAUCUGAAAGGGCUCUGGAGCACCCCUCCUACUACCCUCCUACCGUGGUCCGCGACAGUGUGUAUAUCGAUUAAUGGAGGAUUCAGAUGGGAUGUGUCCAUCCCAUCAAAGUAGUCGUAGGAAUGGAGUCGUUCUCAAUGUUGUUUUUAUUUAGCGGCCUAGUGCAUCUUAUGA